UUCAGUGCGCCUGUGCGAACUAAUCUCCGUACACCUUCGACAGCGAUUUCUGAGCACUGUAUUCAAAUUGUUAGUUAGCUAGCUACGCAAGCUAAUAUUUAUCUAAGCAGUGUAGCUAUGUUCAAAUGAAAAUUUAUAGAAUACAGUAACCUGAUAAUAGUUGUUACCUAGGUUUUGGCACUAUUGGUAGCUAAAUUAGCUGGUUAGUUUAGCUAGUUCCGUCUGGCUUCAGUUGUGUGAUUGAACGACGUAGCCAGCUAACAAGGGAUUUAAAGUCGAGCGAAGCAGGAAGCAGCUUUUGGAGGAUUGUUUCAAAGAGAGAUGUUUGUUUCUGUCGGCGCGAUGCGUGAAGAAACCGGGUGGCAGUACCGACUCUGACAACAUAUCCCGAAGAUUGGACAUUGGCGAGUAAUAUGCUCGGAAGCGGUGGAUGGUGUGCUCGCCUUCUGAGUCGGACCAGUAGGCCGCUCCGUCAGCCUCUCCUGUGGUGACCGCUUUGUUUUGGGUCGGCCUCUGUGAUUAGAUCCUUCGUCCAGGGUGGAGAUCCGGACAAAGGAUCCGCUUCGGGAAAGUCUUAUUCCUGGUCUUAAUGUUGGUUAGGUUGAUCCUGGAUGCCAGGCUACAGAACCUUCCGCUGCAAGACAUAUGUAAACAAUGGCUCUUUGCCGGACGAAGCAUACCGUAGCCCUUGGAGGAAUAAUUCAAGUCCACAGAAGUCAGGAAUCCCAGACACUACUACUGUCGGGGACGUUACAAGGCCUAUGGUCUUCUGAAGUGAGAGCUGCUGGCCUUUGGACUGUGAUGGAAAAUCGUGAUGAUGAGGUGGACUUGCAGCAGAGUACGACAGGGAGUGAGGGGGGGAACUCAUCAGGUGGAACCCCUCCCUCCAAACGCAAGGGCAAGUUCUCCAGCUUCGGGAAUAUGUUCAAGCCCUGGAAGUGGAGGAAGAAGAAGAGCAGUGAGACGUUUCUGGAAACCUCAAUAGUGUUGGAGAGGAAGAUCUCAGUAAGGAGACCUCGUCAGGAGCUGAUCGACAGAGGAGUGCUGAAAGAACUCCCAGAGAAUGAGGGCAACGAUGUGAACCAUUCCAAAGGUCUGGUGGUGAAGAAUGGCCAGCCAGUACCUAUGGAUGUUGACCGGGUCUCAGAGUCAGGGAUCAAGGUGUCCCGGGGGGAGGCAGGCCCAGGGCUUAACCCCACCUGGCUACCCCAGGGAGAGGACGCACAGCGGGGCAGCGUCCCUUCAGACGACCCCCGGAGCAGGAGCCGGGUGCCCUCUGACGCCUCGCGCUCCAACCGAGCCCCACUGGACGUAGACUCACACGCCAGGCUAUCGGUCAUAGAUCUGGAGAGACGGAGUAGACUGCCGUCUGACAUGUCAGAGAGGAGAGGAGGGUCACUACUGAGAGGACCUGCUCCGGAGGAGGGGAGGCAACGGAAAGAGGAUAAAGAGGACAAAAGAGAGGAGAGGAGAGACGGGAAAGAGGACAAGAGAGAGGAGAGGAGAGACGGGAAAGAGGACAAGAGAGAGGAGAGGAGAGACGGGAAAGAGGACAAGAGAGAGGAGAGGAGAGACGGGAAAGAGGACAAGAGAGAGGAGAGGAGAGACGGGAAAGAGGUCAAGAGAGAGGAGAGGAGAGACGGGAAAGAGGACAAGAGAGAGGAGAGGAGAGACGGGAAAGAGGACAAGAGAGAGGAGAGGAGAGACGGGAAAGAGGACAAGAGCGAGGAGAGGAGAGAUGGGAAAGAGGACAAGAGAGAGGAGAGGAGAGAUGGGAAAGAGGACAAGAGAGAGGAGAGGAGAGAUGGGAAGGAGGAGAGGAGAGAUGGGAAGGAGGAGAGGAGAGAUGGGAAGGAGGAGAGGAGAGAUGGGAAGGAGGAGAGGAGAGAUGGGAAGGAGGAGAGGAGAGAUGGGAAGGAGGAGAGGAGAGAUGGGAAGGAGGAGAGGAGAGAUGGGAAGGAGGAGAGGAGAGAUGGGAAGGAGGAGAGGAGAGAUGGGAAGGAGGAGAGGAGAGAUGGGAAGGAGGAGAGGAGAGAUGGGAAGGAGGAGAGGAGAGGUCCUCGUGAUGAGAGGGAGGAGAGGGAAAGAAAGGAUCGGUGGGAGAGGGAAGAGAGGGAAAGAAAGGAUCGGUGGGAGAGGGAAGAGAGCGACAACAGGGAAAAGAGAGACUGUAGAGAGGAGAGGGAAAGGAGGGACAGAGAUGAUCGAGAGAAGAGAGAAGAGGGGGAGAAGGAGGAGAGGAGAGGAGAAAAAGAUGACAGAAGAGAGGGAAAAGAGAGAAGAGAUCGUGAGAAAAGAGACGACAGGAGAGAUGACCGGGAAAGAAAAGAUGACCGGUACAAGAUAAUCGUUCGUGAAAAGCCAGACGAAAGGGGGGAGGAGAGGGAUAGGAAGAGGAGUCCUCCUAGGGCUGCUAAACCAGAGACCCUCUUGAGACCUAUAGAAGUGUGUCGUCCUGUGGUCAGACUUCACUCUGAGAUGGAGCUAAGGCAGAGUCUCCAGAAGACCUCAGAGGACCUCCGUAGCAGGGUCCGCCCUGCCUCUGAGGCUUACCGCGGGAGCACCCUGCCCAGGUACAUGCCAUCUGAGGAGACCAAAGGAGGGGAGACCCGCGGACGAGCAGAGUCCACUGGUGUCCGCUUCGCCCCUGGCCACACCCCAGAUCCUGACUCCACCCGUGACUCCUCCCGUAGAGAGCCGCCUCCUACUAAACAGGCCAUGCUCCCUCCUAAGAGCCACCCCACUAUCACCACCUCCACUGAGCCUGUCCGGACCUCCACCCCACCCUCCUCCUCUACCUCCCCUGCUGUAGCGGUGGCCAAGCCCGCCAGGACUGUCUCCCUGGUCAUCAGUGAUGACCCUCCUCCCACCCACUCCAACCCUGUUCCCCUUGUACGGUCCAGCCAGGUACCCCCCUCCUCCACCACGGGGGAAUCGGCCACUCCUCCACCCGUACCCCCCCAUGCCAAGCAGCCACCUGUACCCCCACCCAAACCCACCAACCGCAACAGCAACCCUGCUCUGCUUGUGUCCACAUUGAACAGUGCCUCCAGGGUCCAAGGUCCCCUUUCACCUCACUACUGUACUAGCUGGAGAAGGCAGGGGGAGCUGGGCCUGUACCUUUCCCUGCCCACCUACCUCCACCGCCGACGGGCUGAACAAGCCUGCUCAGCGGAGCUCUCUCAGGCUGGCAGUGGUAUCAUUGUUGUUCCUGCCCCCACCAGGCGCUCUCCUCCCACUCCGCCCAAGAGGAUGACCCCCGUCACCAAGCACCAAUCUGGCGACCCGCCCCCUGAGCCGGAGACCUCGGGCCCCUCUGGUUCUGUCCCAGUCCCCAUACCUACUGUCUCUGUACCCCCCAGCACAGCCCGAGACGGCACCAGGGACACCCUCAGAGCAGUAGGGUUCCAACUACCCACCUCUGACCCUGCACCAGCACCCCGACCUCUGUCCCAUAUACCUACGUCCACUCCCAGCUCCCACCCCCACUUACCGCUCCCCAACCCUGCCUCCGCCCCCCCCCCGGUCCCACUCCCCUUCCCUCAGAAGGACCCUCCCAGCCCCACCACAGAGCCGCCCAGCCACCCCCCAGCCUCAGUCCCAGCCAUCCCCCUUCACAUCCUGAUCCAGCGGGCCCUGUGCUCCCCCAGCCCGGCUCAGGCUAAGCCAGAUGGGUCCCAGAGAGCCCACUCCAUGCUGUUUGAGUCCCCCCCAGAGUUCCUCACUGAGGCUGGAGGCCGACGCUCCCUACCCGUUACCAUAGAACCCCUCAGACUACCUGAGGAUGAUGACUUUGACAUGGAGGAGGAGUUGGAGAAGCUUCAUCCCAGACGGAUGCUGCCCCCCAGGCAGCCUGAGCUGGAGCCCAGGAGCAGGAGGGGUCUGGUGGUCGAUCCUAGGGUCAGUGUAAUCCCAGAGGGCCGGGGGCCCGGAGACAGCAGUGAGGAGGAUGAGGAGACAGACUCUGACGGACCCAUCCUCUACAGAGAUGACGAUGAAGACGAGGACGACGAUCCACCAAGUGCCUUGGCCAGCCGUGUGACAAGGAAGGACACCCUGGCUCUGAAGCUGGAGAGACAGCAGGAGAGAGAGGAGCAGGAGGGAGGAGAAGGACAAGACGGAGUCGGCUGGCAGAGCAGGGAGCAGUGGGAGGCACUCAAGAACAAGAUCGGUACCACGCUCAACAGGAGGUUGAGUCAGAGACCCACAGCAGAGGAGUUGGAGCAGAGAAACAUCCUUCCAGCCAGGAACGAAGCUGAUAUCAGGGCAGAGCGGAGCGAGAUCAAACGCAGACUCACCAGAAAGCUCUCCCAGAGGCCCACCAUAGCAGAGCUUCAGGCCAGGAAGAUCCUGCGUUUCCAUGAGUACGUAGAGUGUACCACGACUCAAGACUACGACCGCCGUGCAGACAAACCUUGGACCAAGCUCACUCCCUCCGACAAGGCUGCCAUCCGCAAGGAACUGAACGAGUUCAAGAGCUCUGAGAUGGAGGUUCACGAAGAGAGCAGGAUCUAUACCAGAUUCCAUCGGCCUUAGCUGUUCUCCCUGGCCCGACUGCAGAACAAGUGCAAUACUGAGCCGGGGGGUUGCAGGACUGCAAUACGGAGCACACAGACCCCUGGUGACUGCAAUUUCCACAGCCCCCUGUCCUGGCACAAGCCUGUUCCUCUCCUGUAAGGAACACUGUAACAAGGGACUAUGGAUGUGGCCACUCAGUCUAUCCAGUCAUUGUUCAAACCACAGACUAGAAGUGUGGCCUAUAGAUAAACGACUUGCAUCUAAAACCAUGGACUAGGGAUUUGGCCUCUUGGCCAAACCACUUACUGUUAAAACCAUGGACUAGAGGUGACCUCCAUCGGUCCAACCCCUUGCAUAUGAAUCCAUGGGACUACUGGUACUACUGUACUCCAGCGUUGAUCUGUCGGACCAGACAACCCACAGGGAGAGCUGGAGAAGAACUAGCUGGACGAGGUAUAGUGGUUUAGGCCUAUUUCAGUUGCCAUUUUGUAGGUUCGUUGUGCCAACACUGACUAUCAGAAUAGGAAGGACAAGAGGGACAGACGGCGAUUGUGACAAAGGAUGUCCUGUUUUGUUCCACACAUCACCUCCAUUCUCUGUCGUUCCCUAAAGCAAGAAUGUUCCCAAGAGGCCUUUACUGUACCUGGUUUUUAGAGUUCCUUCAACACUUUGCCCUAUUUUUAUUUGAGAACAGAAAAUAAUUGUAUACGUGUUGAUUGUUGAUCAUGACGAUGGUCAACAUUAGUACACGGUAGUAUUAAUGAUUUAUUGUUCAACUAAAUGUGAUACAGAACUUUGUUAGACUACAUGACGCUGGUGAAACCCUCAAACGUGUGUUUAUGGGUACCCAAUGGUACCGACCUUAUUUCUAAUGGGACAAUACAUUGAGUGAUACGGAAACUGUAUGGAGUAAAUGUGAAAUGGCUAUAGCUUGCCUACAUGUCGGUGAUGGGUUUAGUUGUCCAACCACAAGACAUUAGUUAAAUUGAAACUCAAAUGUAGUGUCUGCUAGUCAGCUAUCUAGCUGUGUUACAUAGACCUUAUUCAGCAUCGCUCCAUUUUCCCAAACACAAUGAUGUGCAUUUUAACUGUGUUCUGUUGAUUAUCUAAGUGAUUUUGUGACAGCCCAUAAUAUAAGCUGACUAAUCGUUUGUUCAGUGUAGUAAUAAGGAACCAUAUUGUUAAAAUGGACAUUUAAAGUAAUGAAAAAUAAGGAAGUUGUACAAUUUGAAACGUUAGAACUAAUAUAAUUUAAGACACAACCUAAAGCUUACAUACACUAUAAUUAUUUAACGGUUGGUGUUGAAAGACUGCGGCAGGAACAUGGAUAUAUUUUUACUUCACAUUGUUUAAUGUUACUUUGUGUAUGUAGGUCAUUGGUUGGCCUCAGCUGUAUAGACUUAUCCUGUAGAUUGAUUUAAUUGACUUUAUAUUAUGUCUUCCUAAUGUUAACACAAAUUUGUUUUUAAAUGUAAUUAAAGAGUUACAACAGUG